CGGAACCUGCUCUCGGGUGGUAGCCCCUCCCACCUCGGCCUUGUCUUUUCAGCCUCUAGGGCUUGAAGUUCCCGCCAGGUCUCGGCUGGGCAAGAGCGAUGCUGCCUGGCCCCCCUUGGCUUUGAGGAGAGAGGAACGUCCAGAACCCCCUGCAGCUUCCUUUCGCGCGGAGCCCGGGCAGCCAUGUCCACGGGGUUCUCCUUCGGGACCGGCACGCUGGGCUCCACCACCGUAGCCCCCGGCGGGACCGGCGCAGGCGGCGGUUUCUCCUUCGGGCCGGGGGCAUCUAGCAACCCUUCAGUGGGGCUCACUUUUGGAACUCUUGGAAGCACUGCAACUCCUGCAACGACAUCUGCUCCUUCUGGUGGUUUUGGAACCGGGUUCUUUGGAUCGAAACCUACCACUGGGUUGACUCUGGGAGGAACAAAUAUAGGAAUAGCAACAACUAUAACUACAGGAUUAACUCUGGGAAUGCCAGCUACUGCAUCUGCGUCUACCACAGGUUUCAGUUUAGGAUUCAGUAAACCUGCCGCAUCUGCCACACCGUUUGCUCUCCCGAUUCUUUCUACCUCAGCGAGUGGUCUCACUCUUUCGUCUGCUCUGACAUCAACUCCAGCGGCCUCUACCGGAUUUACCCUAAGUAAUUUGGGCGGAACAACAACUACAACUACUACCCCAUCAACAAGCCUUUCCUUAGGGGGAGCCUUAGCUGGUUUGGGAAGUUCACUUUUCCAGAGUUCAAUACAGCCACAUCAGGACUUGGACAGAAUGCUUUAGGCUUGACUUUGGGAACCACAGCAGCUACUUCAGCUGCAGGCAAUGAAGGUCUUGGUAUAGAUUUUAGUACCUCAUCAGAUGAAAAGAGAAAUUUGUGAAGGAACAGAAACAGGUACAAGAAGAAAUUAGUAGAAUGUCUUCAAAAGCCAUGCUUAAAGUACAAGAAGAUAUUAAAGCUCUGAAGCAGCUUCUGUCACUGGCUGCCAGUGGAUUACAGAGGAACACCCUCAAUACUGACAAGUUGAAAAUAGAAACUGCUCAGCUUGAAGUCUUUCUCUCAUCGUCUCCUCCUGGCUAGUUGUUCCGUCUCUGUGUGCGCAGCUCCCCAUCUGUUUAAAGAUGUCCUGGAGCUUCUCAUCGGAGACUUGCCCUAGAAAGGAGGAAACCUGAUAAAGCUCAGACAGUGAUUGAGAAUGAAAAUGGAACCACUGUAAUAGAUCUUCCAGGUACUUUAUCCCUCGAAACGGACUGUUCAGGGACAGGCACAGACCCUGCUGAGCACAGCUUGAUGUCAGCGUCUCUGCCCGCAUGGCCUGAGGAGCCUGGCCCAGACAAUCCCGCCUUCGAGGAGACGCGACCACUCACAGUAUGUGCUCUUCACCUUGCUUUUGCUUUUCAUCUGUUUUCAAAUCAGAUAUUUCCUUUCUUCUCACUACUCCUUAUUACUUUCCCUACAUGGGGUGUUGUUUUUUUUUUUUCUCUUCAACAAAUAAUUUUACUGAGAUAUGCUUCACAUGUCACAUAUUCACCUUUAAGUGUACAAGUCUAACAGUUUGCAGUUUAGAAACAGAAAGCGAGUCUUACCUUGAGGCUUAUCCUUCCCCCUCCCCCUCUUCUGUUGUAGUCCACAAAUUCACUGGUCAUCAACAGGCUUCUUUUGUUUGUUUGUUUUGAAGCCUAUUGCUUCUUGACUAAGAAAUCCACAGCAUCAAGAAGAACAAGAAUAAUACCUCAGCCUCAGUGCUUAUUCUGGGUCAGCACUGUGCCAAGCACUUUACAUAUAUUAACUUAUAAAAUGCUUGUACCAAUACUGGAUAUUUUUUUAAUGAUGAGGAAACGUAGUCAGAGAGUCAUGGUCAAAGUCUGAGAGCCAGGAGAUGGCUGGGUAUGUAUCUGACUCCAAGGCCAUGUGUCUGACUAUUGCUGUCCUCUGGUAGCAGCCACUGAUCUGUCUACAUGACCCACCAGGAAACAGGCAGAAAACCUCUAGUCAUAGAUCUUGGGCAUAUCUUAGUCGUUGGCCCUUUGUCUUAUUUUUAAAUAGGUUUAUCUCUUAUGAAAAUUCCAAUUUUUCUACAAAUCCCAGUUUUCCCAGCCAUGGCUGUAACAACUCUUCUAUCUCCUACUGCUCAGAUCAAGACCCUCCUCUUCUUGCUUAAUGU